AUGGCUAAUGGACGCUUUAUCUUUGCAAUUGUUCUAUUAGUGGCUGCCAAGGUCGCUAACCUAGGCGUGCCGUUGAUUUUAAAGCAAAUUGUCGAUACGCUUAACGCACCUGGGAUAGUGGUUGUUCCAGUAGCCUUGUUGGUCAUGUAUGGUUUGUUACGGUUUUCCAAUACGUUAUUUACAGAGUUGCGUCAAAUCGUCUUUACCAAAGUUACCCAUCAUGCGGUUCGUGUGUUGUCGGUUGAAGUGUUUGAACAUCUCCAUAAGCUGAGUUUACGUUUUCACUUGGCGCGUAAAACAGGUUCUGUUACUCGGGAUAUGGAACGCGGCACGGGAGCUGUUGGUUCUUUGGUUUCAUACACACUUUACUCAAUGAUUCCUACAAUUGUGGAGGUUUUGUUAGCGCUUACUUACCUUGGAGUGGCUUACGGAGCUUUUUACGCAUUUAUAACAUUAGCUGCAAUUGUGGCCUAUUUAACAUUUACCAUCAGUGUGACCGAGUGGAGAAAUAAGCUGCGUCGGCAGAUGAAUGAAAUUGAUUCAAAAGUUGGCACACAAGCAGUCGAUAGUUUGUUAAAUUAUGAAACGGUUAAAUAUUUUAACAAUGAAGCCUUUGAGGCCAAACGUUACGAUGAUCAGCAGGCACAGUGGCAAACGGCCUCUAUCAAAACGGUCAUGUCUUUGUCAGUUUUAAAUUUGGGCCAACAACUGAUUUUAGCAACGGCCACCACCUUGAUUUUAUGGAAAAUUGCCACUGAGGUGAGUGAUCACUCGCGUACAAUUGGUGAUUUUGUCUUGAUUAAUGGUUUAUUGUUGCAACUCUAUAUGCCCUUAAACUUUUUGGGCAUGUUAUACCGUGAAAUCCGUCAAGCCUUAACAGAUUUGGAACGCAUGUUUAAUUUGUUGGGGGAAAAUAUCGAAGUUAAAGAUGAGCUAAAUGCACCAGUUUUGAAGAUACAACAAGGUGCUGUCGAAUUUAAACACGUCAAUUUUGCGUAUGAAGCAGAGCGCCCCAUCCUAAAAGAUGUGAGUUUUACCAUUCCUGCUGGACAAAUUGUUGCUGUCGUAGGUAGCUCUGGUUCCGGUAAAUCCACCCUUGGUCGAUUAUUAUUCCGUUUUUUUGAUGUGCAGUCAGGGGAAAUCCUGAUUGAUGGACAAAAUAUUCAACAGGUUAAACAGCAGUCAGUGCGUACUCACAUCGGUAUAGUGCCCCAAGAUACUGUGUUAUUUAAUGAUACCAUUUAUUACAACAUCGCAUACGGACGGCCAUUAGCGAGUCAUCACGAAGUUGAACAAGCCGCAAAAGCUGCACAAAUUCAUGAUCUAAUAGAAAAACUACCAAAAGGUUACGAAACUAUGGUAGGUGAGCGAGGUUUGAAGCUUUCAGGUGGUGAAAAACAACGGAUUGCUAUUGCCAGAACACUGCUUAAAAACCCAGCUAUUUUGGUUUUCGACGAGGCAACUUCCAGUCUGGAUUCUGCGACUGAACGCGCCAUCCAAGACGAAAUGCUCCAAGCAAUGCGCGGUCGUACGAGCUUGGUCAUCGCACAUCGUUUAUCGACAAUUGUUAAUGCCCAUAAAAUCAUCGUGAUGCAAGAUGGACGUAUCCUUGAAACAGGUACGCAUGACGAGUUGCUAGCCAAAGGGGGACAAUAUGCGACACUGUGGGCUUUGCAGCAGCAAGAAAAUUGA